AUGAGUGCAAUCAUAACCAUCAUCUUUCUUUCUGGGUCUCAUCUCCUUAUUCUCCUGGCCUUUGAAACCCGUGCGGGCCAGCUAUCAAAAGUGGCCGCAAGGACCUGGGGUCUGUCAUAUGCCGAUCUCCAACAGCGAAGCAAGGCGCAUACUUUAAACGGCGAUGAUGAGCCUUAUGUGGUGGCCGAUAUCUUGUUUAAGAUUGUCGCAGAACAGGACAAGCAGCAGAUCAGAAGCAAUGCGCCUAUGGCUGUUUCUAUUCACGAUGCCAUCGAAUACCGACCAAAUCGCGUAUUCUUGUAG